AGCGGAAAGAAAAGCCCGUCGUCAUGUGACCUGUCUGCAUGCGGGAGCCUGACGGAUCAAUACACACCGAGAAGGAUGGCAAACACCUGCAACACCGACAAGUUCCAGCUGCACGUUCCAAAUCUCGAGGAAUUAUGUCAGGUGCUGCAAUCAGGACUGAAUAAGAAUUUUUCUGACGUAAAAGUGUCUGUCACUGACUGUCCAGAUCUUACACAAGAGCCAUUUGGGUUUCCUGUCAAGGGUCUGUGUGGCAAACCUCGUAUUACUGAUGUGGGAGGCGUACCCUAUCUUAUUCCUCUGGCCAAACCGGACAAGGUGUACAACAUGAACACUGUGUCCAAGGAGGUGGAGCUGCCUGGUGGAUUUUUUCUUGGUGCUGGUGCUGUUUCCUGCAAGACAACUGGGAUGAAUGGAGAGUUGAUGCCUCUGGUUCUGACUGAAGCUGAAGGAAGACCUGCAGUGAAUGCCAGCUAUUUUUCAUCCAUCAACCCAGUGGAUGGAAAAUGUCUGCAGGAGAAAUACAGCAACAGAUUCCAUGACUGUGACUUUGGCCUCCUUGCAAACCUUUAUGCAUGUGAGGGCAAACCUGGAAAGGUCAUUGAGGUGAGAGCCUGCAGAAGGACUGGAGAGGACAGUCUUGUGAGCUGCAUGAGGAAGACCAUGGAAGAACGUUAUGGGGAGAAGAGCAUGGCCUUGGGGGGAACUUUCGUCAUGCAGAAGGGGAAGGCAAAGAUCCAUAUCAUGCCGCGUGAAUUCUCCGCCUGCCCUCUGAACACCAAUGAGGAUGUCAAUAACUGGCUCAGGCAUUUUGAAGUCAGUGCUCCACUGAUCUUUCAAACUGUCAUGGUGUCCAGAGACCCAGGUCUUGACUUGAGAGUGGAGCAUACACAUGGCUUCAGUCACCAUGGUGAGGGGGGCCAUUACUACAUAGACACCACCCCAAACACAGUGGAGUACCUAGGAUACUUCCUGCCUGCUGAGUUUAUCUACCGUAUCGACCGACCCACGGAGACGCACAGUAUUGGCAGAGAUUAAACUAUUGACAGUUUAUAUUUUUUAUGCAUUUAACAUGCUAUAAUUAAUUUUGCCCAGUAGCACUUUACAUAAAAUAAGUAUUGAGUGAUUUGAGCAGUUUUCACAAUCCAAUCAAUCUCUCUACAUUUUGUACCACUUGAUGGUCAAGCCAUUUCAAUUAGCUAUUUUUUUUGACAACUGUAAUACCUUUUUGCAACUGAUUUGGUACAGCAACAAAUAUUGUACCAAUUCAGCAUAUUAGAAUGAUGAAUAAAUUACAUUUUAAAAUCUAUUCAAAUAUGAAACAGUUCAACUAAACAGAAAACCAACUGUAAUACUACUUAACAGUAUUGAUUUUUUACUUGUAUUGUUGAUCAAAUAAAUGCAGCCUUUGUGAACCUUCUUUCAAAAAUAUUAAAAAAUAUUAAUCAUUAUAAACCUUUGACUGGUGGUGUAUUAAACAUUUAAAAAAUA